AUGGAAAAAAAGUGUGUACUUCCUUUAGUGAAGGUGGUCUUGAAGUCCAAAGAUUUGAAUUUCAUUAACAAAGCUCUUAUAGUGAAGAUGAUGUGGAAAAUCAUAAAUUCAGAAGAUGAAUGGCCAUUAUUCAUUAAGGCUAAAUUCAAAAAUUCAAAUGGACAGUGGAAUGAAAAUUUGCAGCUUUCUUCUAUUUGGCCUGGUCUGAAGUGGGCUUGGAAUGUGUUAAAAGAUAACUUCAAAUGGUGCAUUGGCAAUGGUCAAAAUGUGAAUGUCUGGUUUGACAAUUGGAUUUAUGAAACUCCUCUAAUAGAUCAAACUGAAGUGACUCAUUAUAUGAGGAAUAAUAUGAAAAUGAAGGUAGUUGAUCUUAUACAAGAUGGCAAUUGGAGCAUUCCUCAAGAACUGCAACAAUUAUUUCAUUCUUUCAGCUUACCUGACAUAGGAGGGGGACAAGAUAAACUUUUUUAG